AGUACCUGCACGCACCUUAGUCAUUCGCAGAAUCGACGCUACCGUUUUUGUGGACCUCCUAGGCAAUCCUUACGGAAUACUCCCCUUCCAAAGUUCCUCCCUCCUGUCUCUCAACCAAAUGGGGUUUUCAGACUCGAAUGAUUACGAUUGAUCCCUCAUAUCUCGCUUCAUCCACGUCCCCGAUACGCCUCGAAGUAUACGUGUAAUGGACCAAAGUCAAAACUCAGCCUUUACCGGUCCCAACGCUUCCAACCAGCAACCGAUUGUGUUUCGUCGACAAACAAUCCCAGCACGCCGGUCCAGCAAUCGAGAAAGACCACAGUCUCGGAGAAGCCGUGCUUUGGGCUUGCAACCUGCACGUCAUGUUCGGAUCGUCCACCGGCCAAAACAGCAGGCAGGAAGGCAGCUGCUGUCGAGUCAGGCCCGUGUCUCGCUGCCGCCCCCGGUCGAGUCAGCCGGCGUGAUAGAAGCCCAGCCCAGCGCCUCGCUUAACGACCUACGCCGCUACGCUCCCCCCCUCACCCCCCGCCAGCAAUACCAUUCUGCGGCUUUGCCCUCCCCCCUCGGGUUUCUUCAGCAGUCCGAAUUCCGAUCCAGUUCAUUUCCUUUCCACGGUCCCUUGAACAGCUUCCAGAACAUUGCCUAUCCCUUGCGGUUGCUCUUUCAGCUUGGAGGGGUGUCGCUACGUGUUACAGCGCUGAGCGAAUAUACUCUGUACCCCGCCAUACGCACCCACCGAAUAAUCUACCGAUACACUUGUUUGAUGAUAAUGGCAAUCCCUCUCAUCUUGCGCCGCUUGUCCUAGGAAUCCUGUCUGACAGUCUGACGGUGACAAGGGUCUGGCGCGGGCCGGGUCCCUAUCCCACCUAUGUCCGGACCAGUCCUGAGGCGCCGGCGAUAACGUCCCCUCGGGCCCCUCUCCUGUGGGUCUGCGGAGGGAAAUGCGAGCGAUUCAAUAGGGGGCUCAGCGGAUAAACCGU